ACAGUGGAUGUAGUUUGUCUUCAUGGCUGCCUGCAUUCCUCUGCUGAAACUUCUGCUCGUGUUUUCUCAUAUUUCACGUGCGCGUAUUCGCUGGCUAUCGAUGUGGAUGCAGGGCUCACUGUUAGUGUCAAUACUCUUUUUUUUCUUCUCGUAAUGUGUGUAAUGAAUGAUGAGCUAUUUGACAUCUGUUGCGCAGUGAAAGCGUUGUAAGACUUCACAACUUUCCCCUAUUCAUUGCACAUAUUUAUACUGCGCACCACACAUCCUCUUACCUCCGCCUCAGUGGAAGAAAAUUGAUAUAAUGGCUUCAAGAAAGUAUGCAUCGGCUUCCCCGUUCUGUGACGGUAACAUCCGUGACACCGAUAUACCGAGCAAACUUCGCCAUCGGAACGAACUUUUCCGGCCCUGCCUAGCCAGCCCGACGCACCGAUGUUGGCUGUGCGAAGACGUUGCUACUUGGAACGAUGUUAUCAGUUCCUUCGGCUAUGAGUUGUGCGAAAAACGGACGGGUGUGCUCUGCCUCCGAACAAUACCACAUGCUAGGGGCUUCUUGUAUCAGCAAGUCAGAGAAGCUGCGUCCACCCUUUCAGUUCUCCUUAAGCAGCAUUCGUGUAUCGAUGAAGUAAGCUUCAGUUACGGAGAGUACUUUUUUUCGAGUACCGAUUCUUUAGCCGGCGCUUUUGGUUUAAUGCGACAUGGUUCGAAGGCGUUCCCGGUACGUCCUGGCCCUUCUGUUCGCCAUGUUAAAGUUUGCAGCUGUUGUGCUUACUGGUGCAGUCCUUUGCAAAUCAUCGACCUUCGUUGUUUGAUGACUCUGGAAACUCUCGUGUUCGACGGCGUCGACAUGCCUACCAAUGUGGUCUCUAAGAUAGCUUCGGCAGUGUGUCGCAAUUCAGCUACUCUAAGGGAAGUAGCGAUUGCAAACACACGUAUGUUGCAAGAAAACAGCGAUGUGUUGUGGCGCUGCCUACAAAGAUGCGUUCGCCUAAAGUCAGCUUUACUGUCAUACUGUGUGUACUUUCCCGGAAGCGUGGAUGGAUUGGUCAGACUUGUGAGGUCGUCCCAUACUUUAGAACACGUGAUGGUUCCAACCCUAACAAAAGCAAAGCAUGUGGCUCAGGUAGCCGAAGCGCUAGGGAAUAGCACAUCUCUGCGUGAUAUUUAUGUCUGUGCAGCAACUUUGUCAAUGGCAUCAGUGUUUAUGGCUCUUGAAUUCCACUCUACCGUGAAGUGCUUGCAUUUAGCCGAUUACUGCAUCUUAAGAAGCCAGGGAAUUUCUGUAGCAUCAAUGCUGCGCUCCAACACUGUACUUCAGACACUAAUCAUAGAACGUGGCACCAUAUCGGCAUCUGGUGCUGAGGAGAUUGCAAAGGCUAUCAAGCAGAACUCAACACUACAAUGUUUAGAGUUCCUGUCAUCAAGUGUUAAUGUAGCUGUCAUCUGCUGCCUGUGCAAAGCACUUGAUCAAAACAAGACCCUGCAGAAGCUGAAAUUCGACGAUUUUUAUGCAUCGAACAGUGAAAGGGCAAGCUUGGCAGCUAUACUAGCGAGCAACAGCUGCUAUGAUCGUGUGCUGCUCCCAUUGGUUGGCGCCGAUGUCGAGAACAUUUUGUCACUAUAUGCCAAUGUUCAGUUUUGUCUCACAGAACUCAGCCUGAAGAACAUUUGUGACAUAUCUGUCGUGCUUUUUGGACAUCUGUGUGAAGCCCUGGCUUUAAGCACUACGGUGCGAACUUUGAAGGUGCACUAUAAGGGCCAUGAACCCAGCAAGGGAGACUUAUUUUCUGAAAUGCUUGAAGCCAACAGGUCUGUCACAUCUUUGGUGCUUUCCCAGAACCCAGAAACCACUAGUUACUGUCUAGUAACAAAGGUUGCUGCAGCACUUGUCCACAACACAACUCUGCAGGAACUCGAUGUCAGUACUGGCUUACAGUUUUAUCAUCACACAGCCUUGUCAUUCUGCCGCAUGCUGUCAUGGAAUCAAACUUUGAUUAAGGUCAUUAUACGACUGUCUCGGGGACUGCCUAUGAAGUGCCUAAGUUUGCUUGCAACUGGAGUAAAGAAAAACAAGCUACUCUUGGAAUUUGGCACGGAAAGUCCAGAGAUCCCAUUCAGUGGCAUCACUUACCCUAUCUUCACUACUCUACGGCAGAACCACAGCCGACUGAACCAAGCGGUUGAGUUUGUUAAGCAUAAUAGUACUGACAGGCAAUGCGCUGAGGCCUUUGAGUGUCUUUGUAAGAAGGCUCACUUUAUGUAUCAUGUGGCAAAGGUGGCAGGACAAAGCAUGUCAGAAGCCUAUCGGAACAUUACUUGUUCUGUACGCUACCUCUAUGACAACUUCUUUGUCAUUGCAGGAAUAGUGCAACAUUCUGUUGAGUGUGAUCCUGGCCAAGGAACCCAGAUUGAUGCUUUGAAUACAGAUUGUUGGCAUACCAUUGCACAGUACCUCAAAGUGUCAGAUAUUAAUGCCCGAGGAUGUGAUGUCGUAUAGAAUUAUGUAUAUUGUCACAGCCGUGAUGGCCAUGGUUUCCUCAUUUGUCUGUUUUUCAUGUGCAGUGUCUUAGUCUUCUGUCACUUGUGUCAUUCGUGUUUGUGCUUGAGUGAAACUCUCAUCAACCAUGAGAUAAUGUUACAUUUACUGGCCAGCUGGGUUCCAAAGUAGUGCAUGAACUGUGAUAAAUUGCAUGUGUUAAAUGUAUGGAUAUCUUUGCUCCAGUGUUGUAAUCAACCACUGCCGAUAUUGCCAACCACAGUUUAUUAUGUGCCUUUGUACCAGAAGUUGUCAUUGCAGCAUUGCAAAUUAUUGUCUACAUUCAGCAAUGAUAGACUAACUUGUUAGGAGAAUCUCAAUUGCUUUUACAUAUAAACGGUAAUAAGACCAAGCGGAUGCCAAUAAAGUCCGUUAUAAAUUUGGUGGUAAAGCUGCUUUUCUUUUUAAAAACUGGCAAAGGCUAGUUUUAAGUUUCUCGUACAGUAUGGUCUGAUGGUAAAGAAAACAUGAGUGCAAAGCCACGUCUUGCCUCCCGGCAACUGUACCUCCCUCUGGAAAGUGUACAAAUACUCGGCUUGCAGCAGAUGACUUGUAGUUGGUGGCACUGGCACCUUUCUACUCUCUUGUGCAGUGCAUUGUCACAGCUUCAGCCAGCAUCGACAGCUGGAGCACUAGCAAAGCAAUAGUUGCACAUUGUGGUGUUCCCUUUGACAGUGGACUGCACUGUACAUAUAGAACCUUUCUCAAAUGUUUGUAUAGGCUGCACCAUGUGCUAUCAAAGUUGACUUGGGUUACACAUCAGAAUAUUUCUUUAAAUUUCUUCGCUUUGGAGUGUGACUGAAGUCAUACUAGCAAUCUAACAGUUUUUGUCAUGUGCAAUGACCUCUCUAUUUUUGGCAAAGACUGUAUAUUUGUGCUUUGGGCAAGGGUUGCCCUAAAAUAUUUAAAAUAUUUAAGAGGGUGACAUAUUAAAAAGGUUUUGUGGGAAGGAGCAGGAAAUUAUGACAAUGACAGUUGUUGUAGAGUGAAACUUCUUAAAGUGUGUGUCGAUACUGCACAUUUUUGUUUAUAGUGGAAACAUCCCAUUAAAAAUCUUUUGUAAAAGUGUACAAUCGUGCAGGUUUUCAGAACUACAUCUGCCAGGACAUCUAUAUAAACAAAGCUAGACUUUUAGAAAUAAAACUGGCACAUUGUGGAGAAUUGGAGAAAUGCUGAAAAUUUUAUUUCACACACAGAGGAUGUAGGACAUCCCUUCAAUAAGUUGUCUGUCACAUUUUCUUUUUUACUGGCCUGCAUAUCACAUAUCAAUAAUUAAACAGAAUGAUGUGAAACUUA